UGUCAUUCAAACAAGAUAAUAUUCAUGAAAAAGAUUUGGGAGAAAUCAUGUUACUUGAUAAGAAAAUUUCACCAAUGCUCUCAGAGGAAUGGAUCGUCGAUACUGAUUGGUUUUGGUUUUGUCCUUGGAGCUUCAAUCCUUGUUCUUGUAACUAUUAUCUCAAUGCUCCCAUUGUUAAUGAAUUUUAUGCUUCCAAAUAAUGUCAAAUGUUUUUACACUUCAAGUAGUACCACUUGUAAUACUACUAUGGUUACCGCUUCUUUUGUGUCGUCCAAUUCUUAUCCGGAGUUCCCCAAAAACUCUACUGAAACUCAUCAACCGGAAAAGAGACGCACGGACAAUUUAUUUGUAAACUCAACUAUUGUUUCCAUGGAUCAGCAGAGAGAUGGAGAAUUGGCGGUUACAAAAGAGAAUUUUAACAAUGCUGCCUCAAGUAGUUAUUCUAGAAGUGACAAAUCUUCUGAUAUUGGUGAUUGUGAUCUUUUUGAAGGUGAAUGGGUAAGGGACCACGAUCCAAAUAAAUAUUAUUCACCGGGUUCCUGCCCAUAUGUCGAAGAAGCGUUUGCUUGUAACAGCAAUGGAAGACCUGAUGAUGAAUUUCUCCAUUGGCGGUGGCAAUCUCGUCAGCAAACAAAUGCAGCAUGUAAUAAUAUCCCGAGCUACCUUAAUGCAACUGAUUUUCUGGAGAGGUUGAGAGGAAAGAAAUUGGUAUUUACGGGGGAUUCUUUGAAUAGGAAUAUGUUUAGUUCUCUUUUGUGUAUCCUUUGGCAUGCCAUUCCUGAUAAGAGCCGAGUUUUCAAACCCCCUGGGAAUACAGAUUUCAAGUCGAGAGGAGAUAUUUCUUUAAUGUAUGCUGACUACAACUGUACGGUGGUAUUUGUGUGGGCACCUUUUCUUGUUAAUGAAACAAAUAUAGCCGGUCGCAGAAGCCACGCUGAACUAAAACCUGAGCCACAAACUCUAAGGUUGGAUGUGAUUAACGAUAAAGCAGCAUCGGUAUAUCGUGAUGCUGAUGUUGUAGUUUUCAAUUCGUGGCAUUGGUGGACAGAUCAAAAAACUUAUAAGGGGUUAAACUAUUUUCAAGAGGGUAACUAUCUGUACCCAAAGCUCCGGCUCGUUAAAGCGUACAAGAAAGCUCUUAAUACUUGGAGAAAUUGGAUCAAUAGGAACAUCGAUUCGAACAAGACCCAAGUUGUUUUUAGAGGAUACUCAGUUCCCCAUUUCGUAGGCGGGAGAUGGAACACAGGUGGAAAAUGCAACUUAGAAACAAUGCCUAUUAAUAGUAACAACACGUACGUAGAUACUUCAGCUCCGAAGGUGAAAAUUUUAGAGAACACUCUUCGGAAAAUGAAGACUCCUGUUAUAUAUCUAAAUAUUAGUAAACUUUCGUACUAUCGGUCUGACGGACACCCUUCAUUGUAUCAAAAAUACUUCAAAACUACUCAAGAGAGGCUGGCAGCUACACCUUUUCAGGAUUGUAUUCAUUGGUGUUUGCCUGGUGUGCCUGAUACAUGGAAUGAGUUGUUGUAUGCUUCUCUUUUGAAGGCUGGUAAAGGAUCUUUUCACCGGAAUGAGCCAGAAACUAAUUCUCUAGAUCGGGCCAAACAGCAAAUUAUAUAAAUAGAAGAAAAAUUCAGAAGUGAUUUGAUUGUGUUUGUAUUUUGUUCAUGAAAAUAUAAUACCAUAGUAAAUUGGUAAUUCUUUCAUACUUGAAUAGUGGAAUACCGUGCAUUGA